AUGAAUUCUCUCAUUUACAUUUUCCUCAUUCCAAUUGUUUUUUGUGUGAAACAAGAUGACUUGAACCGCGAUGAUAACUCGACUGAAUUGCACGAAGAAGGAUCAGCCCAAGUUGGUGCCAACGAAAAUCUUACCAUCCCCCAUAAAGUUCCAUCUCGUUUCAUUGACAAAGUUCGUGCGAUUGGAAGAAAACAAGCGAUUGGAGUCAAAGGAACAUUGAUGUGCGGAGGACGUCCGGUUAGAAAUGCUACCGUUAAAUUAUGGGAUAACGAUUUCUUUGACCCUGAUGACCUGAUUGGUGAAGCUCAUGUCUACGAGAAUGGUACUUUCCAAGUGUCCGGAUUCGUUAUUUCGAUCACCUCCAUUGAUCCUCAACUCAGAAUCUACCACAACUGUCGUUCCUCAUCAAAAGGUUGUCGUCGGAAGAUCACUUUCACUGUACCAGACAAUUAUAUAAAUAAAGGAGAAAAGGUCCAAAAAUGGUUUGAUUUGGGUGCGCCAAAUAUGGAGAUUGGAGUAAAACACAAGGAGGAAAAGCAUUGCUAUUGA